CAAUAAACGAAUAAGAAAUUUUGGAUCAAAGAGAGAAACAUAAGCGGCAUAAGAGUUUUAAGGAAAAUGCAGAUCUUCGUGAAAACCCUAACUGGGAAGACCAUAACCCUAGAGGUUGAAUCCAGCGACACUAUCGACAAUGUUAAGGCUAAGAUCCAGGACAAGGAAGGUAUCCCGCCGGACCAGCAGAGGUUGAUCUUCGCCGGAAAGCAGCUUGAGGAUGGUCGUACACUUGCCGACUACAAUAUCCAGAAAGAAUCAACAUUGCAUCUGGUUCUGAGGCUUCGUGGUGGCAUUAUCGAGCCAUCUUUGAUGGCAUUGGCUAGGAAAUACAACCAGGACAAGAUGAUCUGCCGCAAGUGCUAUGCUCGUCUACACCCCCGUGCUGUGAACUGCAGGAAAAAGAAGUGUGGGCAUAGCAAUCAGCUGAGGCCAAAGAAGAAGAUCAAGUAGAUUGGAUAUCUUGAUGGAGUUUUAAAGUCAUUCAAUUUCAGAUGUUCUGUUUGGAAUUUGAAUGGUGUAGUGCUAAUAACAGAUCUUAAUUACCUUCUAAGUUGGCUUUGAUUUCUUUAAGCUUGAACCUCUCCUUGUUUUAUGUCAUUAAUUUUGAAUUUUAUGAUAUGAUAUUGGAGUUCUCUAUUUAUGGUUAA